UCUUACUGUAAAUUUACAGGCUAAAAGCGAGAAGAUGAUCAAAAUGAUGUCCUUUUUCCAUAGCAGUCCUCUUGGGCCAAGGAAGACAUCUAAGGGGUACGCUACCGAAGACGAGCCAACUGGGGAACCUUGUACGUCAUUGGAAUCGGAGCCAGAUUCAGUGUCUAUUGAACCAGCUGGAGAGGAGACUUGCUCGACAGAUCCAAUGAAAGUGAAGAGCGACAGACGACACUCUGCUCCCCAGCACUCACCUGCGCCUCUUAGAGAAGCCAACGGGAGCUGUGCUGGCUCACCUGAGCAGAGAGAGAGUCCCCAGAAAAAAGGAGUGAAAGGGAAACUCAAAGGGUUUUUCAAUAUUUCAGGUGGCAUAAAGAGAACUGAUCCAAAAGAAAAGGACACGAAAAAGAAAGAAGACACAAAAAAGAAAGAGGACAAGCCUCUCACAGCUGAACAAAUCGUGGAGCUCAUUGAGGAUGACAGACUCUUUGAUGCUGCUCAGCAUCUGAUUGUCCUGGAAAGGGGCCUCAAUACAGAUUGCAGUGGCAAGAGUGAAGAGGAACUGGCCAGAGACGGGGAUGAAGUGGAGUCAGCCUAUGAACUUCUGAAACAGAAAGUCUUCAGCAUCAUAAGAGAUUCCAUCACCAUAGCCAAAGAGAGGCCAGAACUACUACAGCAUGCAGUGAAGGCACUAAUAGAACAGGAGAACGAGGAUGAGAAAUAUGAGUCAGAGAAGCCAUCUGACAAAACCUUGAGUUCCAGGCCCAGGAAAUGGAAAGAGCUUUGGAUGGACACAGUGAAGAAGUCUACAGAUGAGCGUAUGAAAGAGACCAAGGUCACUACUGAGAACCUCUCCACCACAGCUCUUAACUUCCUGCACAUGGGAAAGACAAUGAAAAAGGAUUUGACAAUAGUGGUGCAACACAUUAAACAGCUUUAUCCUCCGCAAUUUAACGUGUGCAGUGCAUAUGCAGAGUGCUAUCACAAUUACUUCGCUUCCCAGGUAGAGAUGAUUGCAGAGUUUGAGCUGGAAGACAAAGAUGUUUAUCUCAUCCUCAGCUGGGUGCAGAAUCUUUAUCCCAAUGACAUCAUCAAAAAUCCCAUUCUGAAGAAUGACUUGGAAGGAGCUAAACUUGGAAGCCUUUUGCCAGCAAAACAAAUCAAACAGCUAGAAGCUAAAUACUUGUGCAACGAAAUGGCUACUGUCAAGAACUGGUUGGGCAAGACUUUGGAAUUAGAAAUCAGAAGAUGGACAGAAGAGAAAGAACCAGAGAAACCUGAGAAAUAUUUUCAUAAUGAAUUAGACUUCCACGUCCUCCAGACUAUCCAUGGAGGACAAAAACGAGCUGAGGAAAUAACCCCUGACCUGGGCAAGCAAGCCUCAGUCAUACUGUUGGUGGAGCUGUCAACUUUCUUGAAAAGCUAUAAGAAGGCUUUAGAAGAAUUUAAAGAGAAAAACAGACAGCACAGAUAUUUCAAGGAAACAAUAAUCGCAAAUGUGAAUAACUGUGCAAGUUUUAGAACCCACGCUGAGAAAACUGUAUCCACACCAGAUGAUACAAAAGCUAGUAUUCUCACCACACUUAAUGAAAUUGAGAACAGUGCUUAUAAUGUACUGCUUCAAGAUUUGUUUCUGGAAUUAAAGCCUCUGUUUAAAAAGUUUACCCAAAAUAAGUGGGCUUGCACCGAAGGUAUCAUGGAGGAGAUCCUCAAAACCACCAGCAGUUCCCUUUUGCAAUUCCACACUCUUCGAGACCCUUUCUAUAAGGGCAUUAUGGAGAAGAUUCACGUUCACCUGGUUAGAGAGUACAUCGUAAGGCUAAUGAAGAAGAGAGUCACCCUGAAAACUCCAGAACUUCAGCAAAACUUGGCAAAAUGCAUUACAAAUGAUGCCUCCCUCUUGCAGACUUUCUGCACAAAAAACGGAUCUGCAGCCACGUGGCUGGACUCUGCACUGCCCAAACUGGCAGAAAUAAUCCGACUGCAAGACUCAAGCGCCACAAAAAUCGAAGUUGCUAUGCUUGCUAAAACAUACCCGGAUAUUAGCAAAAAGCACCUUGCUGCCAUCUUGUACAUCAAGGGAAACUUGACCAACAGCGAAGUCAAAAGCAUCCAGAGCUACUUGGAUCAGAGUGCAGCACCAACCACUUCCCGUACACCACUUUUUUCAGCUAUAAAGGUGUCCUAGGCUUCAGUCCUGCCUGUGGCACUCUUUCUGCACAGGACUGUGUGCUAAGAUAGUAGGAGUUGCUACUCAAGUGUGGGAGGCAGAAGUCCUUUGGUCCCACGCUGUCACACAAGUAUGUGCAGCAGCAUUUUUCUGUAGGAAAAUGUAAUAUACAUAAAGCCCUUUUUGUCAAUCUGCCACAGGAGUCCUGAUGGCAACUGGCCUGCUCUGUGUACAGAUAGGAGAAGACAGAACCCAGUGCUCUGAACAGAUGGAGGAUUCCUAAACCAGACACUGGCUCCCUCUGAAGUCUAGGGCACAAGCCUUCAUGCCACUGUCAGCCCAUCUAGAAGGUGGGCACAUUAAAGACCUCAUGGCAGUGCUAGGGAAUCAUAGCUAAUGAAUCAGCCAACGUCUGCAAAGCACUUUGACCCAUGGCUUGUCCCUACGGAGGAUGAAGCACUUCGUUAAUCUUUGGGGGGAAAAUAAACAAGCAAAAUAUAAAGCAACUGGAGAAUCAUUUCAGAGCAUGCCGUGUAGGCAUCUGCUAGCGUUUUUACUUAGCAGCUCCUCCAUCCAUUACAUUAGGGUGUGAGGAAGAGUCUGGAGAGGACCCAAGGCUGCCAUCAGGAUGGUCUACAGAAACAGCUCAUCUAAGACUAGGAUUCUCAUGCAUGAUGUCUUAUUGAAACCACUGCAUGACUGGGAUAGAUUUAGACAAGCUUUCAAACACAGAAUAUUCUUUUCUUUGUGAAACAGCCAAAGCCUUCACUUUGAAGAAGUGCCUAGGUAUUAUGGAAAGUAGGUCACAGCCCAAAGUGGUAAAACUUUUGAGAGCUGAGGGCCUUACUGCACAUCCCACAAUUUUGCUUUUAAAAAAUCUAAGUUCCUGCACUUGCCAGCUGUGAGGCGAUGGCCAGCACAGCAUCAACUGCAGCUGCUGCCCUGCUAGCCUGCCUUGCAGAAAACCCUCCCUGGGCAUACAGCAGCACUCAGCCAAAGGUUGGGUAUAAAAACUUACUAUCCCCCACACAUCCCAUUCACCUCUGUGAGGUGUGACCAUCUAAGCCUUCUUGGCAAAUUAGGAUAUGCUGAAAUGCCAUUAGAAUUCCAUAUGGGAUUGGCAUCAUAGCUAACUCUAUUCAUCUUUUUCUUUCCAUUGAGUUACACUCCACUAACAUAGAGCUAGGUGCCUAUAGCUAGUUAUGUACUGCAGUGCCUCUUACCCUCUUAAGACCCCCCAGCUUAGCAAUGAAUUUAAUGACUUACUUAUAUCCUCCCUAGUCAAUAAAGCAUGUUUCAGUCUCCAUUGACUUCAACAGUCUACAGGGCUGGGCUGGGACUUCAGCACACACUUUAGGUAUUCAGCUGAAUUAGGGCCAGUCACAUCAACACAAGUCUCCCAUUCAUUGCCCUUUCUCCCACUCCCUCCAAGGCAGAUUGGAUUUGAAAACAUACAUGUAUGUUGUCACAACCCAACUGUCUGGCAAGCAAAUUAAUGGCCAAAACAAUUCAGCUGGUUUAAUCAUUUCCCUUUCCCUUCUUAUCCUUUCCCCUCCCUAAAGAUUUGCAUCUUAGUAGAAAGCCCAUCUGGAAAGUGGGUGGGUUAAUAAUGACUGCACAAGCCAUGCAGUGGUAUUUGUAUGCAAAUACAUGUAAAAAUAUUUUAAAAUGUGACCAGGCCUUUUAUACACAGCACUUUAGUUUCUACUUUCUAAGCCUCUGGCUAUAUUUCUAUAAGUAGAUAUAGACCAUUGGUAUAUUUUAGCAUCCUGUUUUAAUUUUCUCUUUCACUGCAGAUCUUUGCAUGCAGUGUUUAUAUUUAAACAGUAUUAAAUGUGUUGAACAUGUAGAUGAGUUAUACCUCUGAUGGUGUUUACUAUCUGUAUCCUAUGUAUGUAUAACCAUAAAGUAUUAGAUCUUUUUAGUACUUUCAGAAUGCACUGUCACCUGGAAGGCUCUUAGGCUCAAGUGCAUAAUACAUUGACGGUACAGCCUGGAGACAGAUAAGAAAAAGCUGCGUUUGUAUUGUCAGAGCAUAUUGUAAUAUUGUACCCAGGUUCACUUCAACCUGGCUUCUCUUUGGAGCAGAGAUUGUCAGAGUGUAUUCCAACCUAGUUGGCCUCUAGACAUUCCUGCAGGAUAAAUAAUUAAUAAAAAAGCCUGUUAGUAAUG